CAGACAAUUCGCCCGGCUGUAUAGGAGAACAUUUACUUCUGUGGAGCGUGCCCGGUCGAGUAUCGGGAUCCUAGCGCGCCGGACGGACUCCCAUAGUGUCUGAGCGCCGCUUUCCUGUUGAAAUGUCGGGGCUCCCCGUGCUGAUCGGCGGUUCGGAGGUGGAUGAGCUGCUGCGGUACCAGGACCUGGUGCCGCGUCUGGAGGCGGCUCUGGGCCAGUUUUCCAGCCGCACCGGGGAGGUGGUGCAGCCGGUGCGCACGAUUCUUCCCCUGGAGAAGUACAGCGGGUAUUUAGGGGUGAUGCCCGCCUACAUCCCGCAGGAUGAUGUUUUGGCCACCAAGAUGGUGUCGUUCUACCAGCGGGGUGAGGGCUCCUCCAUGCCCAACCACCAGGCCACAGUGCUGCUGCUCGACCCGGAGCGGGGCGCCCUGCAGGCGGUCCUGGAUGGGAAGGCCAUCACGGACAAGAGGACGGCGGCCGUGUCCGCGAUCGCGACCAAGCUCCUGAAGCCGGCCCGGGCCGACGUGCUGUGCCUGCUGGGCGCGGGGGACCAGGCGCUCAGCCACUACGAGGCCCUCACCCAGAUGUUCCCCUUCAAAGAGGUGAGGCGGGACGGGCGCCGCGCCGCGCGGACAAGCGCCGUCGCCCCGGGCCCAGGAGCGUCGGCUCUCACUCUCCCAGGGUGCCAAAGUCCAACCGCCGAGCGGCCGCAGUCGCUGCUGGCACGCGAGGGGACCCCCUCGCGGCUCCCCAGGACACGGAGCUGA